CGGCUGAUCGCACCACGCGUGUUGCGGUGCAGAAUCGAUGGCUUGCUACCUGCGAACUGUCAUCAUUGGAGCUCUCGUGCUGAGCUGCUCGUCGACCAACGUGGUGCGGGCAGCGACGGACACUAACCUCUACGACGUGCUCCGGCUUAUCUACACCAUGUGCUCCGCUGCUCCCAACGACCUGGAAGUGGGCGUCAAAUGCAUGGACCACUACUUGGGCGGUGUAGGCGGCGAGACGUUGGCGGCCGCCCGCAAGUGUCUGUCGUCGUCCGAGUCCCCUCUGGCCGACCUAUGCCUGCAGCACACCGAAGUGGGCACCUGGAAAGCCAACAACUCGCUACCUCCCCCAUCGCUCACCGGGAUCAUCAGCCUUUCCGGUCUCACGAAGAUGAUGUGCAUCAUGGGCGAGAGCAAGGCCAACGUUCCACGGUGGCAGUCUGGGUUUUCUAAAUGUUUCCCAAAAGAAGAAGACUGGCUAGCAUCACGAAAAGCGCUGUGGUUUAUUGCGAGAUAUCUUCUGUCGAAACAAUGACACUGAUCUGCACCAAGGUUCCUCACAACCCAGGAAGAUCCCGCAUGAAGGCACAAAAGAGAGAACCUGGCUGUUCCCAAGCCAAAAAGAAAAGAAAGCAGGACAUCACCAUGCCCACUUGUACAUAGCAUCAAAUCACUCACUUAUUUAAACACCUCGUGUAUAGUUGGCUCAUUUGCAGCUCUUUUCUAGCAUCAUUUUCAUCUUGCUACAUUAAAGUGGAUGCUACACAUUCUUACAACA